UUAAGAUUGGGGAGGGACGCUCAGCACGUAGGGUGAAAGAAAGGAGUCAAAGCCGAGUAACAUUGCUACCGACAAGUUGUAUUAUCUCCUAUGUGAUUUCAUACAAUUUUCUAAUUUAGCGAUCCUUCUACCGAUUCUAUAUCUGCAGUUGUAGCCUUAAAACCCCAAAUUAUCAACUACUGAUAAGGGUUCUGUCUAAUACAUAACAAUCUUUAAAAAUGGGCAUGAACCACGCGGCGGUGGUGAAGGUGGCGUUGGGUUUGAUGGGAAUCUGCUUGGCUGGAUACAUAUUAGGACCGCCUCUCUACUGGCAUUUUAAGGAAGGUUUAGCCGCCGUUAGCCACUCUUCUUCCACUUGCUCUCCUUGCGUUUGCGAUUGCACUUCUCAGCCUCUUCUCUCCAUUCCUCCAGGAUUGAGCAAUACUUCUCUUGCAGAUUGUGCAAAGCAUGAUCCAGAAGUGAGCGAAGAUACAGAAAAGAAUUUUGCGGAUCUAUUGACAGAGGAACUGAAGCUGCGGGAGGCUGAAGCUUUGGAGAGUCAACGGCGGGCUGACAUGGCGCUACUUGAGGCUAAGAAGAUGACGUCUCAGUAUCAAAAAGAAGCAGACAAAUGCAAUUCCGGGAUGGAAACUUGUGAAGAAGCAAGGGAGAAAGCUGAAGCUGCAUUAGCAUCCCAAAAGAAAUUGACUGCAUUGUGGGAGUUGAGAGCUCGUCAAAGAGGAUGGAAAGAAGGUAUGACCAAAUCUCGUGCUCAGGGAAAAGUCGAGUCCAUGUAGUGGCUGAACCAUUAUGGCAUGAUAUUAUGCAUCCUCACUGUACUCUGCAAUGCUAGGUAUGAUGAAAGUUCGUAGGUACUAGGGUAAAGUUUGGCAUGAUACAAAUCUGAUUUAUGUCUCAGUUUCACGGUCAAGUAUAGAUACCUUUGUUCUUAGGGAGGAGCCUUUUGAAGCAAACAGCACUUGUAAAAAAAAUUGCAAAAUGUGUGUUUUUCUACUAUAUUGAUCUUUAUCAUAUAAAACUCUGGCAAUAGGAAGCUACUUAUUUUAGUCGCAAAUACAAUGUAUUCGCAAUAUUUGAUUACUAUUGUGGAAGCAAAAAAACAAUUUUUGAUUGGACAUUACAAGGCAAUACUAAAAAAAAGGUUUGCUUUGUCGAAACUAAAAAUAAAUUCGUUGUAGUUCUUUUUA